UGAAAAUUGAUAAGAGUGACUUUGAAAUAGGGGUGUAACUUAAAAACAAACAUGGCUUCAGGAGAUAGUGAUCAUAUAGAAGUGAUGGAUAAUACGGUGAUGAAGAAGUCUGAUCUGGGAACGGGGCUGUCUGGCGCGGAGGAUGAUGAUCGAGACCGAGCUUCCAUAGCCGAGAAAAAUGUACCUUACGAUCCGGCGGUUGGCCCCCUGGGGGCGAUCAGCAAAGUUCAUAAAUCGGAUCGGAAGAUUGGUCACCGGCGAGUUGGGGAGGGGGGCGAGAUCACGUACAAGAAGAUUCAGUCUUCGCAGAUUAUGGGCUCUAUACAACUUGGAAUCCAACAUGCAAUCGGAGGUCUCGCCUCAAAACCGGAAAGGGAUCUUCUAAUGCAGGACUUCAUGACGGUCGAAACGACAAACUUCCCAUCGGAAGGUUCGAACCACACUCCCGCCCACCACUACUCGGAGUUCAAGUUCAAAACGUACGCGCCGAUAGCCUUCAGGUACUUCCGAGAUCUAUUCGGAAUACAGCCGGAUGAUUUCCUCAUGUCAAUGUGCAGCGCGCCACUCCGCGAGUUGAGUAACCCCGGAGCGUCGGGUAGCAUCUUUUAUCUCACAAACGACGAUGAGUUCAUCAUCAAAACGGUCCAGCACAAGGAGGGAGAGUUUUUACAGAAAUUACUGCCCGGCUACUACUUGAAUCUCGAUCAGAACCCUCGCACGUUACUGCCAAAGUUUUUCGGUCUGUAUUGCUACCAGUGCAACAGUAAGAACGUGCGUUUAGUCGCCAUGAACAAUUUACUGCCAUCGUCUGUAAAACUACACCAGAAGUACGAUCUCAAAGGAUCCACGUACAAGAGGAAGGCAAGCAAAACAGAGAGACAGAAAAGUUCACCGACAUACAAGGAUUUGGAUUUCAUGGAACACCACACGGAAGGGAUAUUCUUAGAAGCGGACACUUACACAGCUCUCAUUAAGACGAUGCAGAGAGACUGUCGGGUCUUGGAGAGUUUUAAGAUAAUGGACUAUUCAUUGCUAGUUGGAAUACACAAUCUCGAUGAGGCUCAGAGGGAAAAGACGGAGGCUCGGAAAAGGACAGAUUCAGGACAGAGUGACGACGAAGCCGAGGGGGAAUCGAAGAAAGGGCUCAAUAGGACAAGAUUAGAGCAAGCGAAAGAGGAUUUUAAGACGCAAGUCAAGCGAACACAAUCAAUAAAUCGUCAGCGACUAGUGGCCCACUCGACGGCUAUGGAGAGUAUACAGGCUGAGAGCGAACCCAUCGAUGAGGAGGAAGACGUGCCGCCGGGCGGUAUUCCGGCCAGGAACGCGCGCGGUGAACGGCUACUCCUUUUCCUCGGAAUCAUCGACAUCCUACAAUCUUACCGUCUGAGGAAAAAGCUUGAGCAUACUUGGAAGAGUAUGAUACACGAUGGCGACACUGUCUCAGUACAUCGACCCAACUUCUACGCGCAAAGAUUUCUAGACUUCAUGGCGAGAACAGUAUUCAAGAAGAUACCUUCGUUGGACCUUCCGGAGAUCAAAGGGAACCACCGCAAGUUCAGAACGCUCGUCACCAGCUACAUAGGUUUGACGCUAAAACAUUCACCGUCGAAAAGGAAAAGCAUCGCCAAGCCGAGCAGACCACAGGAAGAAAUCGAUACGACAGGGGGUAAAGUCAUCGGGCGACCUAUAAAGGACUAUAACCCAGAUUACCUGAGACAGGCUAGACUAUCGCCUAGAUCGUCGCUAAGAUCUAGCCUGAGCGAUUUUACCGAUACAACGAUUUCAACGUGGAAUCAGAGGAAUCAAAUACCGACAGAGUAUCCGUCUGUGCUCUCAGAUAGACACAAAAGUUUAGAUCGUGAUAGGUUACCGUUUCAAAGGCGAAUCAAUUUCGAUACAUCGAAUUUGAAUUCGAGGGAACCAGGGACGUCAUACGCGGAUAAUGUAUACCGUUCUUCCAUUCAGGACCGUAUGGAAUCAUUAUCAGAUCAGCUAACGAAAGUUCUAAGUACGGGUGCGGGUAGUUCCCACAUAAAUGGAAGCCUAGCUGACAGCGGUAUUCAAACUGACAACGCUAGUACGAGCGUACCUCAAAUAUACGUAUCCGAUGCCCAAACUUAUACCCCAAACGUCAAAAUAUUGAAAGACGCAGCGGUCGACACACGUAACGAUAACAACCUCCAGGAAAUACCCUUCAUUGAUGACGAAGAUGAAGACAAACUGUGGAGGCGACGGACGAACAUCGAAAAACAUAAGAGCAUGUCGAAUAUUCCAGAAGGGAUAGACGAAGUCAGUUCCAAAGAACAUUCCAAUGAGCGUCUUUCAAGCAGCCUCAAUAGAGCAAAAUCGCCGACAUUUGUGGAGAAAUUCAAGAAAUUCUUUAUGGACAUAGGUUUCGUUAAAGCGGACAGCGCGCCAGAUACAGUAAGAGAAUCGAACACACUACCCAAAAGUCUUAAUUCGAGCUACAGGACCAGAAGUGUAACACCAAAUAUGAGUGACACAAGGGAAGCCUCAACGUUACCAAAGGAUAUGCGUUUCAGAAAAGUCAGAUCGACCCAAACUGUGUACAUUAAACCUGAAUCUCCAAUAAGGAUACGAAGCAGCGAAGUUCUUCGAAAGAAAGAGGAACACGUCUCUGUUGUUCAAUUAAAUGGCGAUGAAUACAUACAGGAUUCAAAAUCAGACACGUUUAUAAAGGAGGUCGUGUAUGUAAAAAGUUUGGAAAACGCAGCGAUUUACACUGGUAAUGACAAUGGUAGUACGAUAAUUGUGGUUCCGCCGGCGGAUUGAAAAUUUUAGUAAAAAUAAUUUGGUCAUCGCUUUUGAAGCUUAUAAAACGCUCAAGAUCAAACAAAUGUGACUGUUUCGAAAUAAAAUGGGAUGCACUAAUUGUUGAUCUCUUAACGUUGGAAAUUUGCACUUGUAAAUGACAUGUGACGUCAUAAGUACUGUAAAAACGUUCAGUCCUAUAUGUAAAUGUAGGAACGCCUAACAAAAGAUAUUUUAGUACCUUAUUGUCCUAUGUAAUGUGUUUGUUUCAUGAACGAGAACUUUAAAUGGUGUGGGUUCUAUUCGAAGGUUAUCAAGCAGUUUACCGGUAGUUUUAUUCUGUAGUUAUCUGUUUAAUUAAUAACAGCCAAAGUGAAUAUUUAAUUUUAUGUAAGCGACAGUAAAUUAUUAUUCAGUUUAAUAAAAUAUUAAUAUGUUAAUAUUUUGUUGACGUCUGUUAUUUAUUUCUUAUAGCACAAUAAAGGUCGAAAACGAAAAAUUUUCAUAGCAUUUUUUAUGGGCAAUGCGAUGAAUAGACACUUUUGACAAAAAGCAGUUUAGUAAAAAAAGAAGUAUUAAAUCCGUCACAAAAAUAUUAUGCUUAGAGAAAUAAUGUUACUGGAUAAAAUAAUAAUAUAAAGAAUUAACUCUAUAUUAUGGAUAAAUUAGUUUAACAAAAAAGAGAUUUCAAAAAUACUAAUAUAAAGUCAUACUUGACUAGAUGUUUCUGCCCGAUUUUACUUGUAUUGAAAUUGAUACAGCUUAGUAUUGCUACAAUAGCGUAACGCCUCUGUUAAUAUAAAAAACAAUUAUCUAUUUCUGUAAUUCUUAUAAAUCUGUAUUCAAAAAACGACACGUUUAACUUACGGACAGUUCUUUGAGAAAAACGAAUACUUUAUAUUUAAUUAAAAAAUUGUAAAUUUUCAGUGUUUUGUAAUAGUCCUCAAAUGAAUGUAAAUAUUGGCGUUUUUUACUUAAUUCUGUUUGUAUGGAAAUUUUAUAUUUAUUGAAUAUGUAUGGAUUAUUUGUGUAACGGUUACCUUAUUUAUGAUGAUAUAAAUUUAUUAUUUAAAUUUUAUAUUUUGAUAUAUGAAGGUUGAAUUUGAAAAUGCGCGGGUAGUUAGAUAUUUUGGUGUGAUGUUAAACCUAGUACUGACUCAGUUUGAUACUUUAUAAAUAGAAAAAUAUUUUUGUGUACCAGUGAUAAAUCCAUAUAAAGUUAAUAACAAUGAUCGUAAUUGGGUACGUAGUUUAAUGACCUUAAUUGCCAUUAUUGUAAUGUUGCCAAUUUAAAAAUUUGUGAUCAUCUAUAAAUUCAGCUUUCAUGUGUCAAACUAUAAUUAUUUGUAUUGUUAUAAUAAUUAGUUUUAAACUAAUGUAAAGUAAUGACUAUCCAAUGAGAUGUACACACAAAAUAUAUUAAAAAUUAAAAUAUUUAUUUAAAAAAAACUUUAAAUUAGAGUAUUAAAUAUAAUUACAAGCUUUACCUACAUUCUACAUAUGCUUAUAUCUCUUUCCCUCAUAUAUGAAAGAAAGAGAUAAAAUACAUCGAAUAAAGACAUUAUUAUAGUA